CGUUAUUUGUGAGUUUAGUGUUACAGCCAACAGGUGCGAAAUAAAAAACAACAUUUUGUUUGACAUAAGCAAACAUGGCCAACAGGAAAGUUCAUCGUCUUGGUCUUGAUGAGGACAUUGUGACAAGACUUACUCGCCAUAAAAUAUUAACAUGCCAGGAUUUGCUGACGAAAAACCGCUUGGAGCUGCUGAGGAUAUUCAACACUUGUGAACCCAGGAUCAGAGAAGCUAUCAUGAAAGCAAGCAGAGCAUGUGCUCCUACAAGUACAAAGGCACUACAGCUAUGUGAAAGAAAUACUGGUUCAUGUCCAGGUUUCCUUCCAACCUCUCUGACAACACUAGACCAACUCUUACAAGGUGGAUUAUUAUCAGGAACAAUAACUGAGAUAGCUGGCCCCCCUGGGUGUGGGAAGACACAAUUCUGUAUGAUGCUGAGCGUCUUAGCUACUCUACCAGUUGGUAUGGGAGGACUGAAUGGAAGUGUGAUGUAUCUAGAUACAGAAUCAGCUUUCAGUGCAGAAAGGAUGGUUGAGAUGGCCCAGUGUCGUUUUCCAGACUAUUUCUUGUCAGAAGAGGCCUUGAUGAACCUAGUGGAGAAGGUGCACAUAUCUGUGGAAUCGACAUGCUCAGACCUAUUACAGAGGUUAGAAACAGUAGAAGAAGAUCUAAUAGAGAAGGGAAUACGUCUAGUGAUCUUAGAUUCUGUGGCUUCACCAGUCAGGAAAGAAUUUGAUGGAAGACUUGGCCGAAACAUGGUGGAGAGGACAAACUUAUUAUCCAAACAAGCAGCCAUUUUGAAGUACCUAGCAGAGGAGUUCUCAAUACCAGUAAGUCCACACUUUUCUUUUGUUCCACAAUCAAAGACUAUGGAGAUGAAAAGUUGCUGAGAAUUUGAAUUUUGAUAAAAAUUUGCCACAUGAUUAUUAUUAAUAUUUUUUUUUAGAUACUGUCCAAGUCUCUUGUUUUUCUUUCAUAGUUUAAUCAAUUUUUCUCUUCACUUUUUCAACUAUGGUAAGUAGAUUACUAUUAACUCUAUUGAUGGUAGCAUUUCUUACCUUGACAUUAGUAUUAAGAAGGAAGUAGGAAUAGGAACUUUUUUUGUGUUGUGUGCAAACGUAGGAGUACCAGAUGAAUUUGUUGCUAGAGUAGGUUUCUUGGAAAUGCUAUUUAAGUAAUCUGUUUAUUCAAGUAGUCACUUUGUGGGACACACUGUAGGAUGUCAAUGACCUCACUCCUAUGAUACUGUGUUUAGGGAUAUCUGUCUUCCUGACCUUUUUAGCAACUCCUUUUUCAAUCGUAUAUCAUUAGAUAAAAGUUAUUAUUUCCCAUUAUGCCAGUAGCAAAAUGGGAUUAUGAUAGCAAAUGUAAAGAUGAUUUAUCUUCAAUAUAUAAUUAUAUCAAUCUUUUGGUUCAAAAUUGAUAUUAGCUCACAACUCAAUUUUGUUUUACAGUGUAAGUGAGAGAUACAGUAAGACUGGAUGUAAUUUUUCAGUCUUAUUUGAAUUGUCUUAGUGGGAAAAUCAAAUUAGGUCAUUGUUCAUUUUAGUAGAUUUAGGAAGGUGGAUGUCAACUGCAAUGAUAAGAGUAAUAAUGAUGAUGAUGAUGAUGGUUGAAUGAUAAUGAGGAUAUUGAUGAUGAUGAUGAUGAUGAUGAUGAUGGAAAUGAUGGUGAUAAUAGUAUUGAUGGUGGUGAUGAUGAUGGUCAUCAACAUCAUCAGUAUGAUGGUGGGUCUGAUUAUGAGGAUAUUGAUGAUGACAAUGAUGAUGAUAGUGAUGCGAAUCAUGUUAAACCAUAGUAUAGUAUGCACUGUCAUCACUUAAUUAAGUUGGUCUAGACAUUAAACUAAUAUAUUAUCACAUUGGUUGCCAACAAGAAGAAAAUUUGAAUUUUAAGAAUUUUUCAAGUUCCAACACAGAAUUGCCUCAUCAUGCAUUUAGUGUUUACAAUCAAUUUCUUCAUAGGGAAUGUUGUUAUUUAAUGAUGGAUAUUGAUCCAGAUGGGAAGUGGCUAUGGUCUUACAAUGUACUUUGAUUAGUUGAAAAGAUUUGGCAUUAAUUUUUUGAUCACACAUCUAUGAAAAACACUGUUUCCCUUUAUUUACAACAAAUAUGUACUCCAGCAUUGAUUCCUUCACGCAGCAUGCCUUCAUCUUGAUGUUGAUAGAGCAUCCGAUUGAAAGAAAGAAGAAGUUGGAAGGAUGAGUGAGCCAUCUUGGUGCAUGUCCACAUUUUUGACCCAGUUGCAAUGUGUUGACCAGAUGUGGAAUGCUUGAUGAUGUUGUCUAUGUGCCUCAUCGAGAAUGCAUAGUUUUGAAGUGUAUCAACACUGUCUAGUUUAAAUAGGAUUUUCAUCUAUAUUUUGUCAAUGUCAUUACCUAUGCAUCCAUCUUCCGAGAUAUUCAGAUAUUCCCCAAAUUGCUGAGGAACUCGUGAUAUUGCCAUUUGUUACCUUUUGAUGUGUUAAGAUUACAUUUGAGAGUAUUAUUUAAGAUGUGGAAUAUAGAAAAUUUGUUAAAGGUGCCAUUACUUUUGAAUUUUGAAUAUUUAAACGUAUAGAUAAAGAGAGAUAGAUACAUGUAGAUAAAGAGAUAGAGAUAGAGAGAGAGAGAGAACAAAACGUUCAGACAAGUAGACAAACAGGCAGAUGUAAAGAAGAACAGAUACAAAGACAGUCAGACAGAUAUGAAUCAAAUAAAAGUCAAAUAAACAUACAGAUACUAUACACUGUCAGACAGACUGAGAGACAUGCAGGCCAACUGGAAAAAACAUUAAAAUAGACAUACAGCUAGAGAAACAGACAGACAGACAGACAAACACGCAGACAUAAAUAAAGACAGAUAUACAAUCAGACACAAAGAUGGAUAGACAGAUAGAAAGACUGAUGGAAUGAAUUAGUAGGCAGACAUACAUAGACAUUGACAUACAGUUAAAAAUACAUACAGUCAAACAUACAGACAUACACAAAAACAGACACACAUACAGACAUGCAGACAUACACAUGAACAGCCAGCCAGACAGACAGAUAGAUAGAAUAACUGAUAAAUAUGCAUGUAGACAUAGAGAGUAGCGAUGGACUCCUGAUCAAUUUCCCAUUAGCCUAGGGACGCAUAACCUGAACAUCCCAUCACAAUGCACCUGCAUCUAAAUGUUGUGUAUGCUCUUCCAAGUCAUGGCAUGUACAGAUUGGCAAAUUUCCUUCUAACUUUGACAUUUCAGAGGCUAGGAAUGACUUAACAUAAGGGAAGCAAGAUAAAAAUGAUAUACUAUAACCAGACUAGAUUCUCCUUUAUUGUGUUAAACUGAGUCAUGACAAUAUUUUAUGCUGAAUACGAUAUUGUCAAAAUCACCAUUCAGUAUUCACAAUUCAGUGUUUCUUAUUUGGAAAAGAUGUAAUUAAAAAAAGAAAAGGAAAUUAAUAUUGAAAUAAUUCAAAUGUUAUUGGAAAAAAUAAUCUGCCUUUUGUGUAUUUACCUUGAACAAUGUACAUAUAUUCAGCAGACAUUUGAUUGAAUACAAGUAUAAAUUGUGUUUUUCUACCUUUAUUUAUGCUGUUCAACCACGCCUAAACUAUAGCAUGUUUGCACUACACUUUUGUAAUUGAAACGAAUGCUCUAAAUUGCAAAAUAAUUUAUUUUACUUUUACUAUAUCAUGUUGGUCAAAACAUACUAAAAUUACUCCUGACAAACUUUAAUAAAUGAGAUAUGAACACAAGAAAGUGAAAAUAUUUGUUUCUGUCGCUGAUCUUACUUGUAUAAUAUUCAGUCAACAAUUACAAAUACCAAACGAUGUUGAAUAUUAUUAUAUGAUUAUAGUGAUAGUGUGUGUGGCAAAGGGACAAUUAAAAAGCUUUAAAAUGUUGCUGAAACAAUCCACCUUUCCUCAUUUGAAAGAUGAGCACAAAUUGAGAAGUCAUUCACUGUUUGCUGAUAAACGUAAAUUCACUUGAAUUUGCAAUGGUUUUGAUAAAAAAAGAGGCAUUUUCAUCAAAUUUGUAGAAUUUAAUUUUUAGGUUUGGAAAGUGUAAUAUGAGUGUCUGUAGGUUUGAACCAAGUAUACUUUUGUUAGUAUGACUAACUUCAGGCAGUGGGUAACCAGAUAUAUGUGGGCAAACUAUGGCAGGCGGUAUCGUGGGUAUUGUGGAGUUCGGCAGGACAAGGUGACUGUAUUAGUAACAUUUCCAGCAGAUACACCGGGGAUACUAGCUGAGCAGACAACGGUAUCCUCAAGCUUGGAGGCUUGCCAGAUAUACACCAAAAUAAGAGGUCAAAAUGCUUUCAAACAAAAGGUUGCCAACUUUUUGGAAGCUUCCAGCUGUUGAACUCACAAUUAAUUAUAAUUUAAAAACAGAGAAAUUCACUGGAAGAAACUAUGUGAGCAUUAAUACCCCAAAAUAGAAAACAGAAUUAUAAUUUUUUGUGAAGGCUUUUGUUUUGUUCUGGUGAUAUGAAUCCUUCCAACCCUUGCUUUUAGUGACAAACGUUUGAGUUUCAAUGGAGUAACCUUAGGAAGAUUUAGAUCAGGAUUAACAGAGAAGUGAGACAUUGAAAUUUACAUGAGAAAUAACCAUUCAGGUUUGUAUCUUAAUAUUUUUUGAAAAUAAUUGUUCUGAGUACUGUAGUGUAGAGAAUUUUGAUGUUCAUGUAGAUAUUGGUUGUGAAAAAGUCUAGUUAAUAAAUAAUGUUCAAUCCUAUUAAA